UUCUUUUCGCGCACUCUAAGAAAGGAAGCCGAGCCUCUGGUUUUUAUUGGCAUAAGAGUUGUUCUACCUCCAAAGCAAAAAUGAGGGAAAUCGUGCAUCUUCAGGCUGGUCAGUGUGGAAACCAGAUCGGAGCUAAGUUCUGGGAGGUGAUCAGUGACGAACAUGGCAUUGACCCAACUGGUACAUACCAUGGGGACAGUGACCUUCAGCUCGACAGGAUCAACGUCUACUACAAUGAAGCCUCAGGUGGUAAAUACGUGCCUCGUGCCGUGCUUGUCGACUUGGAGCCAGGGACCAUGGACUCUGUGAGAUCUGGACCCUUCGGCCAGAUCUUCAGACCUGACAACUUUGUGUUCGGCCAGAGUGGUGCUGGAAACAACUGGGCCAAGGGCCACUACACAGAGGGAGCUGAACUAGUGGACUCAGUCCUGGAUGUUGUGAGGAAGGAAGCUGAGAGCUGUGACUGUCUGCAAGGUUUCCAGCUCACCCACUCACUAGGAGGUGGAACCGGCUCUGGCAUGGGCACCCUGCUCAUCAGCAAGAUCCGUGAAGAGUACCCCGACCGCAUCAUGAACACCUUCAGCGUGGUGCCCUCACCCAAAGUAUCAGACACUGUGGUGGAGCCCUACAAUGCCACCCUGUCAGUCCACCAGCUAGUGGAGAACACUGACGAGACCUUCUGUAUUGACAACGAGGCUCUCUACGACAUCUGCUUUCGUACCCUCAAACUCACUACUCCCUCCUACGGCGACCUCAACCACCUGGUGUCGGCAACAAUGAGCGGUGUCACAACCUGCCUGCGAUUCCCAGGACAGCUCAACGCUGACCUCCGUAAGCUGGCUGUCAACAUGGUGCCCUUCCCCCGUCUCCACUUCUUCAUGCCUGGCUUCGCCCCCCUCACCAGCAGGGGAAGCCAGCAGUACCGCUCCCUCACUGUUCCCGAGCUCACCCAGCAGAUGUUCGAUGCCAAGAACAUGAUGGCCGCCUGCGACCCCCGCCACGGACGCUACCUUACAGUGGCUGCCAUCUUCCGUGGACGCAUGUCCAUGAAGGAGGUAGACGAGCAGAUGCUGAACGUGCAGAACAAGAACAGCAGCUACUUUGUUGAAUGGAUCCCCAACAAUGUCAAGACUGCAGUCUGCGACAUUCCUCCCCGUGGCCUCAAGAUGGCUGCUACCUUCAUCGGCAACAGCACAGCCAUCCAGGAGCUGUUCAAGCGUAUCUCAGAGCAGUUCACAGCCAUGUUCAGGCGUAAGGCUUUCCUCCAUUGGUACACUGGAGAGGGUAUGGAUGAGAUGGAGUUCACUGAGGCUGAGAGCAACAUGAAUGACCUGGUGUCUGAGUACCAGCAGUACCAAGAUGCCACCGCUGAGGAGGAGGGAGAGUUUGAAGAGGAGGGAGAAGAGGAGCUGGCCUAAAUGUUUGUAAAAUAUAUGUAUAAUUCACUGACAUGUCAGUCUUGACCUUUCCAGUGUUCCAUUACCUGUCCUUUUUGUUUUGUCACCUCUGCUAUUCCUGUCAUUUCUUGUCUGUACAGAAACAUGUCAAUAAAAUUUCUUUUGUUUAA